AUGCUGCAGACGGGAGUUGUAAGUCCGCAGCACUUUCGACAGGCGCCCUUUGCAAACUUUCUGGCGCUUAAAAUGACCCUCCGGGCUCAGGGGCGCUCAGCAUCUCUUGACUUGUCCCCGUUGUCCCUUACGUUAAUAUAUGAUAGUUUUGCCCAGUAUCUGGUAACAGAGAAGGGUUAUGACGAAGACUUGCUGACUCUAGCUCCAGACAGCUUAGACUUCUGUUGUAAAGGCUUGGUGUUGGACAUUGAAGAAGGAAACUUCCUGAAACUUGCAGAAGAUGGAACAGUUUUAAGGGCAAGCCAUGGUACAAAGAGCAUGACAUCCGAAGAGAUCCUGGAGACAUAUGGAAGGAGGGAGUGGAAGCAUUUUAAUACAGUCAGUGGAAUGGUUUCCCGCUCAGCUAAAUACUAUUUGUAUGAUAAUUAUUUUGACCUGCCAGGAGCUCUCUUGUGUGCAAGGGUUGUGGACAGCUUAGAUCAGCAUGAUGGUCAGAAAAAAUAUGACUUCUGGAAGGACAUGGUGGCUGCUGUCCAGCAUAACUAUAAAAUAACAGCUUUCAAAGCUUGA